CCAUUCUGAAGACCAACAUGGUACAACGUGAAAGCUUUUCCAGCUAUGCUGAACAACAUACCAGAAAUGCACAGUCUUCCUGAACAACAGGAACUGCCAUAUGCGGUCAGAUGUUUGUAAGUGUGAGCAUUAAGACGUGAGCUCAUGUGCCAUGUUAGUCUUCAGAAGACCAGUUAAAGAACUUUGGAGUAGAUCACUAAUACCUACAGAAUAAAAGCAGGGCACAAAGUACCAAAUAUAUUGGCGACCAAGAAGAACUGAAGGAUUUCCAGCAUGAAUCAAGCUGAGGAAAGCAGUAUGCACUCGAUGUGGAAUAUUGUGAGGUCAGUAGUCUGCAUAAUACUAAGCUUGUCAUUUAUUAUUGGGACCCCUGGAAAUUGUAUCGUCAUCUGGACUAUUUGUACCAAAAUGAAGCAAGCAUCUCCUUCAGUCCUGCUGAUUUUGAACCUGGCCAUUGCAGAUGUCCUUGUACUGGUUACUUUACCAAUUUGGAUUUACUCCUUUGCUGACUCAUGGGUUUUUGGAGUCAUCUUCUGCAAAAUACUGGUUUUCAUUAUUUACUGCAGCAUGUAUGCUAGUAUAUUUCUAAUUACAGCACUGAGCUUGGAGCGGUUAAUGGCUGUCUUCUACCCUUUCACCAUUCAAAGGUACAAAAGGAAACAAAAGAUUGCUUUAAUCAUGUUCUUCAUUUGGUUCCUCUCUGUUACUUUUGGCAUUUCUGUCAUUCCAUUUCAAGAGACAGAAGAAAUGAAUGGUCAACUACUAUGCACAUGUCGCAACUACUCUUCUAAUGGACAGAAAGUGUCAUAUCUUUUGCUGGAGACUCUUGCAGGUUUUGUAAUCCCUUUUUUAAUUAUUUGCACUUGUUACAUGUGUGUUGCAAGAAGAAUAAGCAGAAUGACUUACCAAUCUAAGCGGCGAUCGGAGCGGCUCAUUGCCAGCGUUGUGGUGGCAUUCAUUUUAUGCUGGUUCCCUCAUCAUCUCUUUAACAUCCUAGAUGUUAUUUCAAUUCACAUAGAGCUCUCUAAUAAGGAAAUGUCUUUGGCAUUGGAUGAAAUUGUAGACAGAGGAGUGUACAUCUCUGGAGCACUUGUAUUCAUCAGUAGCUGUAUUAACCCUCUACUUUAUGCUUUUGCUGCACGAAGAUUUCAGAAUCACCUGAGAUUUACCACGAUAUCAAAGCUGUUUGAACAGAUGAGUCAGACUGUAACAGAGGAAGACAAGAGAAAAAGUGUGGUUUUAACCAGACAAGAAGAUGCUUUAGUAAGCACAGAAAAUCUCUAACAAGGACCAUAGAACCCUAAUGAAUAAUGUGAUUCUGUGUCCUUCCUUCAGUAGUCCUUUCUUCUCAUACUCUCAGUUUCCUUUACUAAGCAGUCCAGGCAAAGCUAGAGACAGGUAAAAGUUAUUAGGGUUUAUUUUGUGUGUUAUAAAAGAGUAGGCAUUGACAACCUAGUUCAGUUCUUAAGUUAACAUCUGCAUCCUGAAAUUAGCGCUGGUGCUGAGACUCUCAGCAAGGUGGCUAGAAGGUCAAAGUGUAAGGAAUACAGCAUUUUUACUUUCCAUUAAAAUUAUCUGUGAUUUCUAGAAAGUCUGUGUUCAGGAAACAGAAAAGGACUGUGUGUGGAAAACAGAAGCUUUGAAAGUUUAAAACUAAGUUUUCUUUC